GGGAUGCCAUUACUCCAGAGCUGCAGCUCUUGCUGGAGAACUCUCCACAGCUCAGUUCUCCAAAAGCCUGCACCGGAAAGGGAGGGGGUGGGAAGAGAUGAAGAGAGCGACAGAGUCGGAGACUAGAGGGAGGAAGGGGGUGAGGAAGAAAAGACAUUUUUGAAAAAGAGAAAGGACCGACAGGAGACUAUUUCCCGAUCUUGGCUCCUUUUCUGGGGUCAGUGCAAAAAACCUAAGGUGUAUCAAGGCGUCCGUGUGAAGAUGACCGUGAAAGAGCUUCUGCAGCAAAGAAGGGCACACCAGGCCACCUCAGGGGCAAACCUGUCAGGAAGCAGCGGUCUCCACCUUCCAGACACUACCAUGCCAUCUUCCGCAGGACUGUAUUUUGAGCCUGAACCAACGUCUUCCACACCCAGUUAUUUUCAAACUCGAGAAUUUUCCACCUGUGUCUCUUGUGAAGAAAUUCCUAGCUGCCUCGACCAGAUCUUCGAGUCCUACCUUCAGACAGACACACUCCCGGAGCCUUUGCUCAACUCUGCACAGAUUGCUCCCCACUAUUUCCCAGAGAGCUGUCAAGUGGCCCCUUUCUGCCACAACCAGAGCCUGAUUCCAGGGUCGCCUUCGGAUUCUUCCAGUCUCUCUGGCUCCUUUGAUUGCAGUUACUCACCAACUCAGCUGCCUUCCUACACUCCAGAAAAUUACAGCUCGCCUCCUUCUCUGGAUUCCCUACACUCCAGCCUCCCCGAAGAAGGCUACUUCUGCCAACAUUGGCCUUCUCACCCCCAGUACAACCACUCGUCCCCAGCCACCCCCUCCUCGGUCUGCUACUAUGCAUCCUGUGAGGCAGAGCAUCUGGAUGCCCUCAGAACCACAGAGUUCUUCUCCUACUCGGGCAUGGACUGUGCGGACUUUGCCCCUCCUGUGGCCACCACUGGCGAUUUCUAUAAGAGGGAGACAAGCUGUGAUGCCUGCUAUAGUUAGUAGAAACCAUGAUAGAAUGUGUCAUGAGUCUAUCUCUUUCUCUACUGCAUCUUGAUGACACUUCAACCAUUCAACCCUUUCACAAACUACCCCACAUAUGGUUUACGUUUCACCAUUUUCAAUCACCUGAGAGCUAGCGUAGGAGUCAACACAAUGCCCUCAAACUUGGUCUUGUGACAGUCUUAUUUUAUACACUCACUGUGAAAAUUUUUUUGUAUGGCUUUUUCCAGUGCCUUCCUUCUCGGUAUAACAAACAAACUCUUUUGUAAACUAAUAAAUAGCUUUGUAUAAUA